AUGGAAGAUGUUCUUCUUUGUAGAAGUUAUCCGAAUUUAUGUGGACUUGGUUUACAUAAUAUUGAGAAGGACACGGCUUUACGUAUCUUUACUGAAUUGCAUGUCAAAUUGGAGAAUUUUACUGAUUGUCUUUAUUUACUUGAUGGUCGUUUCGAUUCACUUCAAAAACUUUCUCUUAAUAUUUAUCAAAUAUUAUCUCCACAGAUAAUUAUUGAUAACAAAAAACAAUUACCCAACCUAAAACUUUUUUCACUCUAUUCUGAACAGGAUACAGAUAAGUAUAAUGAAUUGAUUGUGCCACUUUUACAUCGAAUGAUCAAUCUAGAAGAACUCGAUUUACAUCUUGUUGUGUAUUGUGAGAAAAGAUUUAUUGAUGGUUAUUAUUUGAAAUACAAUAUUAUUAAUAAUUUAUUACGAUUAAAUAAAUUUGUAUUUAACAUACGAUCAUGUCUACCUCUAAACGAUCAAGUUUAUUUAUCAUCAAAUGAAGAUUGUCAACUUUCAUUGAAUAGUUUUAAAAAUAAUAAAAUUAUUUCAUGUGUUGAUUAUUUCCAAGAUCACAAAGAAGGUCAAUGUCAUAUUUAUUCAUAUCCAUAUCAAGCAAAAUAUUAUGAAUAUAUUACAAACAAUUUCCCAGAUGGAUUAUUUAAAUAUAUUCGUGAAGUCUCAUUAUAUGACCAACGUCCUUUUGAACAUGAAUUCUUUAAGCUGAAGUCAUGUUCUGUCACAAAUGCUGGACCAUUAGCUCGUUUUCCAAUAGCAAUUAUAAAACCAAUUAAUGUAAAUGCUCAAACUCCUUCUCUCAAAUUUAAUUCUCUAACAUUUAAAGCUGCUCAAAUUCGUCGUCAUUUUCUUCAAGUUCCAACUGGUUCAAAUAUUGUUGUUUUGAAAAUGACAAAUGAUUCUAGUGAUAUAUCUGCUCAAAGAAAUUUACAUUUUGUUCAACUUGAACCAGGUCGUUCAUUUCGUUUAACAGGAUUUGAAAAAAUAAUUCGUUUAUCAUCUCAUUCAACAUUUCAAUGUUAUUUUAAUUUAAAAGCUUCAGAAAUUCAAGUAAAAUGUCCACAUUUACAUAAAUUACUCUAUGAUAAUGAAUAUGAAGCUGUAUUAUGGAUGUCCUUUGAUGCGAAUAAACAAUAUUUAGGUUCAGGAGAUGUUAUGAAAAAUUAUUCAUUAAAAUUAGAAAAAGAUGAUUUUGUCAUUCGAAUGAAUAUUCGAUAUGAUAAACAAGAUUUAUUAGAACGUUUAUUAAAGUAUAAUGGUGGAAUUGGUUUAGCUUUACAUAUGGAACAUAAAAAAUCUUCAUCAAACAGUGUUAAUAGUGGUAAUAAAAAACAAGUGACUCCACCGACAAUAACAACUGAAGAAGGAACACCAAAUAGUUCAUCAUCACAGAAAGAUCAACAAUAUCAAGAAGCAUUACGAGAUUUAAAAAUCUCUGGGAUUCAAAAAUUAAUUGACGAUCAAAGUAAAUUAUAUGAAGAAUUAAUCUCUAAACAACAAGAUUUAAAUAAUCAUAUUCCAUUACAUAUUGCUCGUCUUCAACAACUUGAAAAUCAAUUAAAACAAUAA